AUGGAUGGAAAAUUUUAUUACCUGUGCGGGUUAUUAGUGGUUCUCAGCCUCAUAGCUGAAACCCUUCAGCAGGACACGACUGCAGCUCCUGCCGGUGAUUCAACGCCUGGCGCCGGGGAAACUCCUAAGCCGGAAUCCGCCGGUGGAGACAAGACAGGAACUACGGAAGCGGCCAAGCCCGAUACCCCCGGCGGUACCAAUCCAGCUUCAUCAUCCGGGUCCAAGUGCAAGCUACAUGAAAUAAUGACCCAAGGCGGUUGCCGUCCGCGGGAGUCCUUUUUAAGCGGUAUUAUCGAACGAUCCUGGAAAGAUCAAGGGUUUGAUCAUUUCAAAGCCAGGUCUGGAAGUGAGCAUGGUGGAAAAUGCUUAGCUGGUCAAGUGAUGACCCCGAAUGGAUGCAGAAAUAUGUUGGAUAUGACGCACGAUAAUGAGCCUCGGUUUCAAGUGAAGCACAGUAAUUUGGCGGGAUCUGAAGUGGUGCACUCCCACUUCGGGGCAAAACUGGAAGCGGGGAAACCAGAGCACAAUCGUAAAACUAAAGGAAAGAAAAAGUCUAGAAAAAUCGGAGGACCUCCCAUUCCGGGACACAAUCGGCCCCGUCCAUAUGCCUAUAUACCAGGGAGACUACUUCGAAGUCAAAGGCAGUGCCGACCAUACGAAACCCUGAAUAGAGAAGGAAAAUGUAUUCGGAAAACUGCAGUAAAGACGGGGAAAUACGAGCACAGGAAUCAUUAUUAUGGAUUGCAAAAGAGGCAUCGUCAUGAGGCUGCUGAAAAAACUCCGUUAAACAUGGGUUGA